CUGCGGCAAAGAAACAGAAUGCGGGCAGGUCGAAUACAACAACGGCGCCACAAGAUAAUGCAGGUAAUGUUACAGACAAUGGCAUCAUUACUAUUGAUCCGGGUGUCAUAUUGCAAUCAAAUCAAAAUGUGAAUCAGUCUCAAUCUGCGAUACCGCCGGGUAGUGACAUGCACCGCGCUCUAGCCUGGUUAUCACAGCUCGCAUCUCAAGGUAAUUUCCCAUCUCCUCCACCCGCUGCUUCACGUACAAAUAUCUCCUCACCCCAAUCUCUCCAAAGUCAGUUACCGCUCACAUAUCCCGUGGAAGUAAUAGGCUCACACGUAAAGGAAGCCGUUCGGCAAAAAAUCCUCAAUGGCGAGUAUGUUGACUUCCGUAAUUUGCUCCCAUCGGAUAACCAACCUCUCGAUGACCAUGUCCCGCUUAGACUUGUUUCAGAUAGCAAUGGUCAGGUCUUGUUCAAGCCAUAUGAAUCUCACACUGCACGUCCACUGACUAUUAGCGCAUGGACGACUGCUUUCCAUAUCUUCAUGGGGAUAUACGUAAGCAAGCACGCAGACCGAGUGCAGGAAUUACUGUCAUACGCUGAAACAAUCAGGGGAGCAGCCUUCAAGCACGGCGGAGAUUCAUGGGCAACCUACGAUUAUCACUUGCGUCACAAAAUGGCACGUGACCCAGCCAGGUCAUGGGGUAAGAUUGACGGUGACCUUUGGUUAAAGUGUAUGUUGCCAGGUAAGAAAACCAUGUCACCAAGCAUUCCUUCUUUCUCCAAAACGUCAAAGGGUGAUGAUAAUGUAUGUUGGGAUUUUAAUCGUUCUCAGUGUACAAGAUCCGUGUGCAAGUUCCCACACAGGUGUUCCAAGUGUCAGAGUUUCAACCACGGUGCCCGCUCUUGUCAGUCGUCACUUUUUCGUUCCCGAAACGCACCAGGCACGACCCAGCAACACCACAAGUACCAAAAUGCCAGCACAACCGUCACAAGUACAGGUAAAACAAUUGGCUCAGGUACCAAUAAAUCUUACUAA